AUGCGCUCCAGUUUACUCGAGUCUCUUUUAUUAAUUACUUAUGGGACAUACUGUGCGUAUGCCUCGGGGCCCCAGGUCAACUUGACCACCGGGCUAUUCGAAGGCGUAUCCUCGAGCAAGAACGGCACCGAUCGAUGGCUUGGUAUACCCUAUUCCCUACCACCCAUCGGUUCCAUGCGCUUUAAGGCCCCACGGGCCAUCGCCGAAUUCUCUGAAGGGAUACAGACCGCCUACUCGUUUGGUAACGCAUGCUCGCAACCGUUGACCUCUGAGUUGACCGGUACAGUAAACCUCGGUGCGCCUGUUUCUGAGGACUGCUUGUUCUUGAAUGUGUGGCGUCCAGAGAAUACCUCGGUAGAUGCAGGUCUUCCUGUGCUCGUAUGGAUUCAUGGUGGAUCCUACAAUACGGGAACUGCGUCCGACCCGACAUAUGAUGGAACUGGUAUUGUCAACCGGAGCGUUGCGACCGGAAGGCCUAUCAUUUUCGUUUCUAUAAAUUAUCGUCUCAAUACCUUCGGUUUCUUGGCCAGUGCCGAUAUGCCCGUCGAAGACUUGAACGCAGGCAUCCAAGACCAGCGAAUGGCGUUACAGUUCAUUCAAGACAAUAUAUCACAUUUCGGUGGGGAUCCCUUGAAGGUCACAAUAUGGGGACAGUCGGCAGGAGCUGGGAGUGUCGAAACACAUAUAUUAUAUGGUGACUCUUCGCUCUUCCGUGGUGCCAUCAUGAACUCAGCGACUGGACCGUUCAAAACGGCACCGCCGCCCAGUUCUUAUGAUCAACCUGGAAAACCAUACGAUCUUUUGCUGAACGCUACUUCCUGUGAGGCCGGAUCUUCCUCCGUUGAAUGCUUACAACAGACUUUGAUGAACAUCACCAAUACCUUAAUGACUGACGUGCUCAAUGGUCAGCUCUGGGAGCCAACAGUUGCAGCUGGGAACUUCAUCUCUGUUGAGCCGUCUGAGAAGAUAUUCGCCGGUGAUUUCCUUCAUAUUCCCGUCAUAAUGGGAACGAACUUGAACGACGGGUCACUUUUCAGCAUCGCAGUCAUGAACCUUGGACUUUCAGGAUCCGCCCAGGAUGCUGCACUUGAUAAAUUCAUGCUCUCCACCAUCAUCGAUAAUUCAACUGUUACCUCGGACGUCCUCCUGGAGAACAAUGCCUUGUAUCCCGCUGACGACACCAGCCUUGGUGCACCAUUUAAUACUGGAGACUCUUUGUUUGACAGGGCGUCAGCAUGGUAUGGUGAUGCGUACUUCUUGGCUCCGAGGCGGCUCUUCGUAGAGCAGGCCGCCGGUUUGCAACCGGUCUAUGCGUACAGCUUCCAGGAGCAGAUACCUGGAAACAUUGAAUUUCUAGGUGUCUAUCAUGCGUCCGAGUUACCCUUACUCUUCGGUCCAAUCCCGGCUGUAGCGAGUGUCGAGACCGAGUUUGCGGAAACUUGGCAGGACUUCUAUCUCGACUUUGUACACGAUCUCAAUCCUGGAGAUGCUUGGCCACAAUAUACGAAUGAGUCAAGGCACAUACUCCAACUUAGACGAGACAACAUCACCGCCAUCCCAGAUGACUUCAAUUCUGCCUCUACCGACUUCCAGAACUUACCGGAGGUUCUCCUCGAGUGGCAGAAGUGA